CAGGACAGCACUGAUGGCUUGGGCACCACCACCUCCAAUUUGUUCACCUGGCCUCCUGAAAACAAUUCAGUUUGCUGCCAGGCCCUGCAACGGUCAACUUUCUGGAUAAAGCUGGCCAGCCAUACCUUUGCCUGGCCUGGACUGGGCUUGAAGGACCAUCAGGAAAUUGUCCUAGGCCAGUUGGUGCUUCCGGAGCCCAAGGAGGCCAAGCCAGAAGAUCCUCCUCCACCUCCUGGGCAACACCCAUUAACAACGCUGGCCCUGGAGCCAGCACCACCACUGCUGGUGGACCUGGGGCCUGCUCUGGAGCCAGAGUCACCUGUAGCCAUGGAUGCACAAGGAUAUCUACAUUCAGCACCAGCACCAGCACCAGGGGAAGGGCCCCCUCCAGGAACCGUGCUGGAGCCACAGUCAGCCCCAGAGUCACCCUGUCCCUGUCCUGGGACUGUCAAGAACCAACACACUGAAGAGCUGCCUGACAUCACGACCUUCCCUCCCAGGCUGCUGGCAGAGCAGCUGACCCUGAUGGAUGCGGAGCUGUUCAAGAAGGUGGAGCUCUACGAAUGCUUGGGCUCCAUCUGGGGCCAACGACACCGGAAGGGGAGUGAGCACGUGGCACCCACAGUUUGUGCCACCAUUGCACACUUCAACAGGCUCACCAACUGUGUCACCACCUCCUGCCUCGGGGAUGACAGCAUGAGGGCCCAGGACAGGGCCAGGGUGGUGGAGCACUGGAUCAAGGUGGCCAGGGAGUGCCUAAGCCUUAACAACUUCUCCUCGGUGCACGCCAUCGUCUCUGCUCUGCUCAGCAACCCAAUACAUCGACUACACAAGACGUGGGCAGGAGUGUCCAGCAAAAGCACAAAAUAUCUAAAAGAACUCUGCAAAAAAGACACUGCAGUGAAGAGGGACCUGCUGAUCAAGGCGGGGAGCUUUAAGGUGGCCACCCAGGAGAGGAACCCCCAGAGAGCCCAGAUGAGGCUGCGGAGGCAGAAGAAGGGCGUGGUCCCCUUCCUGGGGGAUUUUCUGACUGAGUUACAAAGGUUGCAUUCGGCCAUCCCGGACGAUCUGGAUGGCAACACCAACAAGAGGAAGAAGGAGGUCCGUGUUCUGCAGGAAAUGCAGCUGCUCCAAGUGGCUGCCAUGAAUUACAGGCUUCGGCCUCUUGAGAAAUUUGUCACCUGUUUUUCAAGAAUGGAGCAGCUCAGUGACAAGGAGAGCUACAAGCUGUCCUGCCAGCUGGAACCCGAAUCCAG